AACGUUCAACAUCGGAGCGUUCGUCUGGUCUUCCUUUGGACAGUUGAAUUGGUGACCCUGCGGUCACAUACCCACCAGCUACACAAAUAUCGCAGAUCUAGUUUCUCCUCUCACGCGCAUAUCCUUGAAGCAAGCUCCAGCCAUGGCGUCUUCCUCUUCUACUAUUCUUUUCCUCCAUCUCCUCGUCCUCCUCCUUGUCGUCCUCUUCUUUACCUCAUGCUAUUCUCAGCAGCCUUACAUUAACAACGUGCAGGACAACUGCUAUGGCUCGAACGCGUCAUCCGCCCUUGGUUAUACCUGCAACGGCGUUGAGCACUCCUGCACCUCUUUCCUCACCUUCCGUGCAAAAUCCCCCUACCUAUCACCGGCCAUCAUCGCUUUCCUUCUAUCUGCGGACGCUUCCAACAUCUCACGCAUCAAUUCCGUCACCGACGUCGCCACUCUCUCCUCCGGUGAGCUUAUCCUCAUUCCCAUCUCCUGUUCUUGUUCCAACCAAUUCUACCAACACAACGCCUCCUAUACCAUCAAAGCCCUCUCCGAGAAUUACUUCGACAUUGCUAACGAGACGUACCAGGGUCUCUCAACCUGUCAAGCCCUAAUGGAUCAGAACCCUUUCGACAGCCGCAAACUCGCCGUCGGCGAUCAGCUUGUCGUACCACUUCGGUGCGCUUGUCCAACAAUAAACCAAACGAAAGCCGGCAUCAAGUACCUCCUCAGCUACAUCAUCGAAAAGAAUGACGAUCUCUCCACCCUCGCCCAAAUCUUUAAAUCCGAUUACCAAUCCAUUCUCGAUGCAAACGAGCUCAACGAGAAGUCCACCUAUUUCCCUUUCACCACACUAUUAAUUCCUCUUACCACUGAGCCCACCGCCUUGUCGUCUUCCCCGCCGUCCCCCGAGCCUAGUGCCUCAGAAGCUAAACCACUACCACCCGGCGGCGGUGGCUCUAGCCAUACAGGGCUGUUCGUAGGGGUUGGCGUUGGAGUCGGGUUGCUGCUUCUUAUUGGUGCCCUAGCUCUUUUCUUCUGCUUGAGGCGGCGGAAGCAGCCCCCAAAGGGUGAGCCAGUGUCCAACAUCACAGAGUAUGAGGAGCUACCAUUCAAAUCAACUUCUUUGUCAUCGCCGACUACCCCUUACCAUUUAGCUUCCAGCUUGCAAGGUGCGCUUGACUGGAUGACAGUGUAUAAAUUUGAAGAAUUGCAGAAGGCUACUGAAUAUUUUGAUGAAAAACAUCGCAUCAAAGGCUCAGUAUAUCGGGGUGUUAUCAAUGGUGAUUCUGCUGCUAUAAAGAGGUUGAAAGGUGAUGUGUCUAAUGAGAUCAAAAUAUUGAAGCAGAUAAGCCAUUCAAGUCUGAUCAGGCUUUCUGGGUUUUGCCUUCAUGAAGGAGAUACUUAUAUGGUGUAUGAGUAUGCGGAGAUGGGCUCUCUUAGUGAUUGGCUAUAUCAUAUGAAGGGUAAGAGUGAUUCUUCUAACCUUACCUGGAACCAUAGGAUUCAGAUUGCUUGCGAUGUUGCAGAUGGGUUGAAUUAUCUCCACAAUUACACGAAUCCUCCCUACGUUCAUAAGAAUUUGAAGAGCAGCAAUGUUCUAAUUGCGAAGGAUUUCAGGGCCAAGGUUUCGAAUUUCGGGCUUGCGAGGCCUCUAGCAGAUGAGGAGGGGCUCCAGCAGCUUACCAGGCAUGUCGUUGGUACUCAGGGGUACCUGGCGCCCGAGUAUCUCGAGCAUGGCCUUAUCACUCCGAAGCUUGAUGUUUUUGCCUUCGGUGUUGUUUUGCUUGAGCUUUUAUCUGGUAAAGAAGCCACAUUUGAAAGGGAGGGUGAGGAGAAAGGUGAGAUUCUUCUGUCAUCAACCAUUGAGGAGGUUCUUUCUGGAGAAGAAGUGAGGAGCAAGUUGAGAGGCUUUCUUGAUCCUUGCUUGAGAGAUGAUUACCCUUUUGAUUUGGCUUUUGCCACCGCCGAACUGGCAAAGAGAUGCGUAUCUCAUGAUCUUAAUUCGCGGCCUACUAUGAAUGAAUUGCUUGUAUCUCUUUCAGCCAUCUAUAACUCCACUCUGGAUUGGAAUCCAGAAGGUCUAGCAAGUUCUCGUUCUUCCUCUACUAUACAUGGUAGGUAGUGAUGCUCUUGCCAUUGAAUUUAUAUCGAUUAGACAUUCUGUAUUGUAUGUAGUUAAUCAGUUGAAUAACAUGAGAAAGUUGUUCAGAUUGAAAAUUUCAAAAUUUUGCCUCUCUUUUUGUGUGGUUUUAUAUCUAUUAUCGUAUAGAAACGAUUGUUCUCUUCAUGUAAAAAUAUCACACAAUGUUAAGAGAGAUUCUCUCUUUUUUUUU